AUUUUGAUACUGAUGGGGGUGACAUACAGUGUCAAUAGAGCUCGUGACGCGGAAGAGAGAUUGAUGAUGUUCGAGAUUUUCCCUAUAUAGUGCAUCGCCGUCACUCUAAGAACCUAUGUUAUGCCAGUGAUCAUUCCAGUCGAGAAGAUCAGUAACUUCAACCGCAUUAUAAGAUUCAAACUACUGAGUUCAGAAGAAAACGUAACACGCCCAAGUCAAGAUGCCGACCUUCGCCAGUUUCUUGUGUGCAUCCUUCGUCCUGUGCAUGGUCAUCACUCAUUCCUUUGGGUUUGCUCUCUCCGCAAAAGAGAAAAGGGGUUGGACACUGAACAGUGCAGGAUACCUACUAGGACCACAAGCCAUGGAUAAUUACAAAUUUAUGAAUGAAAAUCAAGGCAUUGCUGGAAAACGUGAUCUGCAAUUUGACGAUGAUAUCAAACCUGGUAAAUUUCUACAACCCCUCACCGAUGAAAGCAUUGCACGUAUUGCCAUAGAAUUUCUCAUGUACCUGCACUUAAAAGAAAUUGGUGGACUUGACAACUUGCAAUCAUUAUUACCAUCUGAGGUUGGACAGUCAUAACCUAUAGAACAGACUUUCUGUAACAUGACAACAUGGGAUAAGCAACUGCAACUUCCAUGAUGAUGAACAAAUCAAAUGAUAUUUGUCGCACUAAGAUACAUAGCAAUUAGAUGGUUGAAAAUAUUACUUGAUAUUAAUUUUGUUGACUU